UCUCUCGGACUACAAGCGAAACGCCGCAUCUGUAUUACAACUGCUUCGUAAUAAAGCCGCCAACUACGGCAGAAUUUGAAAAGAAAGAAACGAAAAAAUUAACAUCACUCGAACGACACAUGAAUAGAUGAAGUCGAAAGAGAGGGGGAAAAAAAAGGGAUAAAAUAGUCGCGUUCGGGUUUCCCAUGUUAUUUCGAUCGGUGUGCGCUACACGCUGCGACCGCGUUCGCAAACAAGGGGACGAAAAAAUUCGAAAAAACAAAAAGAAGAAACAUAUAAUUAGGUAAGAUCCGCAAAGGGUAACGAAGGUGAAAAAUUUUCGUGCUGUACGCAUACCCCGGCUACGAUAUUUCGCGCGUAACGUUUGUGUGAAAAAAUAAAAAUUUCGAUGUUAUUCGAGUUAUUUUCGAAAGGCAACCGCGCGCGCGGUAGCCGAUUAAUCCGACGCACAUGUACGCGCUGGUGUUCAAUAACUUCAUGUAUACCUGUAUAUCGUAAACUGUUUUUUUCCAGCGGGAUAAUUAAAAACGAUCAUCGAGGGUCAAGGUUUGAAUGAUUCGUCGUCUGUGUGCUACCGGUAGGUGGAUACGUCCGCAGUUUUUUUUUUUUAUUUUUUAUUUUUUUUUUUUUUUUUCAUAAAACACGCCGCAUCGUAACGCUGAAAACCGCAUGGAAACGCGCGCAUGCAGCCGCGUUGCAGCCGAUACGCGGCUGCUAGGCAGACGAUGACUCGUGGUUUCGCCAAGCGGGUGACAAACGUUGCGAAAAAUGAAAAAUCCGAUGAUCGGGUACACGAAUGGUCGUUGAAUACACGCGAACGCAGUUGAAGAUAAUCGAAAUGAAUUUGUACAUCGGUAACCACGCUUAAAAAUUAGUCGUUCGAACGAACGACCUUCGCGCAUCUCUCAGUUGGAAGAGACCGACGAAUUUCGUCGUUGGAACGAAUCGGUUUCGGAAAAUAUCGAGGGAACGAAAAACGCCCUGCCAAAAAUAACGCCGAUUCCAGAGUAACGGGUUUCCGGAACCGAUAGAUCGAAAGAAGAUAACGAUACACGUGAACGUACGUCGUAGAUGGAUAUGUACGAGCUCAGGUAUAUAAUAUUAGAAUUUCUAUGACCUCGUCUCACAGGUGGAUUGAUGCAGGAAAUCAAGAAGAAGUAUAACCAUACGAUGUAUGCGCAAGGACACCGCUGUCAGUUGCUGACUGUAUUGUUCGCUGGAUCGGCGAUCGCCGUUUUACCUCCUUACAUCGUGGCGUGCAAAAAAAAUGAGCCAAAGUUCAACGAGUGUAUCUUCAAUACCAUCGAAGGCCUCAGGGAAAAACUUAUACCUGGAAUACCGGAAUUAGAGGUGCCCCCCUUGGAACCGUUCGAACUGAAGAACAUCCGGUUGUUGCGAGGUCCCGUGGGAGCUAGACUGGACGUCAAUUUGACGAACAUAGAGGUCAAGGGUCCUUCUUCGUUCAAAGUUCAUAAUCUGAAGUCGAAUUUGAAGGACAACACGUUCACCUUCAAACUCACGUUCGACGAGCUUAGUUUCAAGGGAAAAUAUCAGAUGGACGCCACCGUGCUGCUCUUGAGAUUAUCCGGGAAGGGAGAUAUCAGUGGAAAUUUCACCGGUUAUUCGUCGGACGUAAUCCUGCGGGGGGAAAAGGUUCUCAGGGAGGGAGUCGAGUAUUUGAACUUCGAGAGGAUGAAACUCAACAUAAAGAUCGGGGUGGCAAAGGUUCACCUGACAGAUUUAUUCGGCGGAGAUCCCGUACUCGGUACCGCUACCAACGAAGUUCUCAAUGCGAACAGUGCACUGUUUUUGGAGGAGAUAAAACCGGUAUUGGAAUCAUCGCUGGCCGAUCUCUUCACCGAAAUUGCCAACAAGAUCACGCGCUCGUUCACGUACAAAGAACUUUUUCCAGACAAAUGAUCCGGCUAGCCGAUGUAGUAGCGAGCGAGAUGUGAAAACCGUAUCAGGAUUACGACUUCGGUUGCCCACCGAAAACCGAUCAACGAUCGAUUAUCCAUUGAUCCUUGACCGCCCCCUCAUCUUAUAACUGUUAUCGAAUAUUUUAACGAAGAAAUAUAUUUUGUAAUAAUUUUUA